AUGGACGCGAGUGGGCCGCCAACAGGCAGACGCAAGGCAGGAGUGUGGGCGGGACGUCAUACGGAGGCGUUAGAGAAACAUGACACUGAUCGCGAUGUAUAUGGCGAGAGAGGAUGCGGGGAGGAGGCUAACGGGAACGAGUCAAGUCUGGAGAAGACGAAGGACGGUGACAUGAGGGGCGGAGUGCAAGCAGCAGAAGGCGCAGAGACGCGCGCACGUGACGUCUUCACAGGCUCGCUCUCAUCGUCUCGGCCAACCACAUGUGGGCAAUUCCGCACUCUCCUGCCUCUCCCCCCCUCAGGCUCUUCUAACGACGGACCUCCGUCAGCAGGCAACAUCCGUCAGGCAGGACGGCACCCUCCAGUCUCCCUUGUCCAUUCAUCCCAGGAUCGACCAGCCCAACCCUAUUUAAUGAUCUUCGCCCUUCCUGUUUUGCUCCUUGCGUUUUUCUGUCAACUAUAA